GAACUAAGGAAUCGUCUAAAAUUCCUGGAGUAGAACACGGAAGUAGGAUUGGAGACGAAUUUGUUUUGAUUUUGAACAUUCAUUCUGUUGACUAAAGAAAUACCAACUGACUCAGUUGAAUUUGCAACGCAAAACUAAUUUGAUAGAAAAUGUCUAAACUAGAGUUCUUGCGUGUAUUUUUGAAUGAGCGUUUAACGGCUGCUGCUGUGGAGAUUUUCGGGGCAGUUGAGGAAACGGUAGUGGGGUACCAGGAGGAGAAUGAUCGGCUACGGAGACUGCUGUGUAUCACACCAAAGAUAACAUGUAUAGACUCCCUGCAGCUCUCUCCCAUAGUUUCAGAAGAAGAGGCUCCCCCUGAGCAGCAGCACUGUGAGCAGGAGUGGAGCCCCAGUCUGGGGCAGGAGGACCCAGGGCACACACAGAUUAAAGAGGAACAGGAGGAACUCGGCACCAGUCAUGAGGAAGAGCAGCUUCAAAGGCUGGAGGCUGAUAUCAUAGAGUUUAAAUUCACUCCUUUCUGUGUGAAAAGUGAAUGGGAUCAGGAAGACCCACUUUGGUCCUUGACUCUUCCCCAAACCCAGACUGUGGAGAACAGAGACAGUGACUCUAAACUAGUGGAUUCUAAACCUUUUGGCACUGUGACCCACCUAAAGGGUCUCGAGAAUCCCUGUGACCCUCCAUAUAAUCAAAACAAUGACUCCAGCUAUUUCUCAAUUGUAAGCCGCAACCCAGUAGGACUUGACAUUAGCCCACCAUUGGGGGAACAAUGUUCCAAACCCACCACCAUGUCUAGAAUAACUCACCGCUGCUGUGACUGUGGUGAAACAUUUGCUCAGAAAGCUGACCUGCAGAGGCAUGUUACUCUCCCCGAGAAGAGACCCAGUGAAUGCCGCUUCUGCAAAACAAACUACAGCUCCACCUGUAAACUGGAGGCACAUGUCCGACUCUGUCAUGGUGGGAAACCCUACACCUGUCCUGUUUGUGGCGAGACCUUCAAAGUGAAAGGAGAUCUUUCCAAACACACAAUGAUUCACACAGACGAGAAACCAUUUAGCUGUAGCUGGGAUGACUCUGGGAAGAGCUUCAAUCUCAAGGAACACAUAACCAUAGAUAUACUGACCGGAAAGAAACCAUUUAGCUGUGGUGUCUGUGGAAAAGGCUUUAGUCAGAAGGGUUCCCUUAAGAAGCAUAUAUUUACUCACACGGGAGAGAAACGAUUUACCUGUAGUGACUGUGGGAAAGGCUUCCAUCAGAAGUGGACCCUAUCUGAACAUAUACGUACUCACACAGGAGAGAAGCCGUUUAGCUGUGGUGACUGUGGGAAAAGCUUCAAUUUGAAGGGGAACCUAAGGAAGCAUAAACUGACUCACACAGGAGAUAAACCAUUCAGUUGUGGUGACUGUGGGAAAAGUUUCAAUUUGAAGGGGAACCUAAGAAAGCAUAAACUCACUCACACAGGAGAGAAACCGUUUAGCUGUUGUGACUGUGGGAAGAGCUUCAAUCUGAAGCAACACCUAAACAUGCAUAAAUUGACUCACACAGGAGAGAAACCAUUUAGCUGUGGUGACUGUGGGAAAAGCUUCACUCAAAAGUCUAGCCUGCUGACACAUGUGAAAACAAUCCACAAAGGAAUAAAACUGGAGGAAAAUUGAUAGAGGCAAUUCAAUUAUGACAAAUAGAUAUUAUGUAAGAAGAAGGAAAUUAAAGGGUAGGAUGUGGACAUCACUCGUGGGGGGGGGGGGGGGGGGAUUAAUGAUGAACAGAGUAUUUUAGGAAACACACAGACCUGCUGUUCAAAGUCUGUUGAUGUUUUCACGGCAUUAGAAACAGGAAUUCCUCUUAGUUUGUUUUGGAAUUUCUCUCAGGGCGAUGAGAAAAUGGUCUGACUGAUGUUAUUUGUACAUAAUAUUUUUUUUAAAAAGGUACUUUCCAUAAAAUGCUAUAAACUGUUUCUCAUCCAUUUUGACCUAAUGCUGCUUAUCUAUAUGAUAACAUAAGCUGCAGGAGAGUACAAUUUUGGUCUGAUUUUCUUCAUUUUAGGUUAAAAAGAAGAGUGUCGUCCUCUUACAUCUGUCUGUACACUUGAUAUGUCGCUGUGGUUUGUAUAAUAUUAUUUAAGAUCGUGCUGUCAUAAUGCAUUUGAUGUAAGCAAUUGUGGGCCCAUUUUGAAUCUAGAAUGACUCCAUUACCCACAAUGCUCAUCGACUGGAUUUUUACACAAUUACCAUGGCAAUUAUGCGUCACAAUAAUAAUAUACAUUUUUGCAACAUGCAGCAAUCCAUGAUAUUGAAGGUAAGGUAACACUUUACUUGACACCCAGCAGCAUAACACAUUAUGACACGGUCAUAACUACUUUAUGGCUGGUAAUGACACCUACAGUGCAUUCGGAAAGUAUUCAGGCCCCUUGACUUUUUCUACAUUUUGUUACGUUACAGCCUUAUUUUAAAAUGGUUUAAAUUGUUUUUUCCCCUCAUCAAUAUAUACCCCCUAAUGACAAAGAAAACUUUUUUUUAGACAUUUUACAAAUUGUAUUACAAUUAGACUGAAAUAUCACACAUAGAUUGCGUCGCUGCGCAGCUAUUUUCAGAGAUAGUUGUCCUUCUGGAAGGUUCUCCCAUCUCCACAGAGGAACUCUGGAGCUCUGUCAGAGUGACCAUCGGGUGUUUGGUCAUCUCCCUGACCAAGGCCCU